AUGCGAAUUCUUGUUUUCUUCUUAUUUAUUCACUGUCUGAAUAUUUGCUUCAUCAAUGGCGGAAUAUUAUCAGAACAAGAAGCAUUAUUAGCUAUUAAAUCUGCCAUUAAAGAUGAUCCUCAUAAAAGUCUAUCAUCUUGGAAAAACACUACUCACCAUUGCAAUUGGUCGUUCGUCACUUGCUCUUCGUCUUCUCACUCUCCCACUGUCAUUUCCCUAGACUUCUCCAACUUAAAACUCAAUGGUAAUCUCUCUCCUCAAAUCGGUUUUCUUACAAACCUGCAAAACCUAUCUCUCCUUUUUAACGAUUUUUAUGGGAAUGUCCCGUCUUCUCUUCAUCUCCUUACAAAACUCCAAUAUCUCAACCUACAAUUUAACCAAUUUAGUGGCCGACUCCCUUUAUUUGUUAAUAUGUCGGAGCUUCGGUGCCUUUCCCUUGGUGGGAACCACUUUUCUGGUUCAAUAUCUCCAAAGUUUAGUAAACUUCAAAAGCUUCAAGUUUUGGAUCUUUCUGGCAAUAUUCUUUCUGGAUUACUUCCUCAUGAAUUAGGAUUAUUAAAGAGGUUGAAAACUUUAGAUUUAUCAAAUAACUUUUUAGAUGAGUUUAUUGGAGAUUUAUCUAAGUUAGAAGAACUUCAUAUUUGGGGAAAUAACUUUACAGGAAGUAUUCCACAUAAGUUGGGGACGAAUGGGAAAUUGAGCUACCUAAAUGUUUCUUCAAAUAAGCUUAGUGGUCCAAUCCCUGAGAGUUUAGGGAGUUGUAAGAAACUAUAUUUUCUAAAUUUGAAUGAUAAUCAACUCACGGGUCAGUUACCUGUCAACAUUGAAAAGCUUACGAGUAUUAGUUAUUUGUCGGUUGCCAACAAUAACUUGAUUGGAAAAAUCACACCACAGAUUACAGGAUACAAUGUCACGAAUUUUAAAAACUCUUCUAUCUGCAACUUGGUUAAUCUUCUAAUCCUUGAUUUAUCUUAUAACAAGUUUAAUGGAGAAGUUCCUCAUUGCUUGGGCAAUAUUUCACUGACAAUCAGUUAG